CAGUUAGAGGAGAUGAUUUUGUAAUUUUAAGUGCUAAAUAGGCUCUUUUUCCUUUUUUUAAUCAAAUAUUUGUUCCUUUCAGUGAUAUUUAAUUAAAUUGAUUGUAAAUUUACUCAGCUCACGUGACCUGAGCCUGUCAAACAAAAAAAAGAAGAAGAGCGGCACGCCUAACCUCAAAAUUCUCGCAUGGUCAUUUUGUAAACAAACAUUUGGGGUUGCUGCUUGGCACCUCUUAAAGAGACAGUAUGGUUAAAGUCAAAAGCGCCCUCCUAGCUAAGAAGAAGCCAAAAACCCUAAAAAAAGGCUCCAAAAAGCUAAAAAACAAAAAGUCAUCGAAAAUCGAAGAGCAAAACAGUGACAGUGAAAUCGAGGAGUUCUUCGAUAAAACCAAAGAUUCCGAUGAGGAGGACGCUACUAAUAAUGAUGCCGAGGAUUUAAGCUCUGAAGAGGAACUAGACGAGGAAGCCCUAGAGGAAAAACAUAAACAAGACCUUGAAAAGUUAAAACAAACUGACCCCGAGUUCUACAAGUUCUUACAAGAAAACGAUAAAAAACUAUUGCACUUCUCUGUGUCUGAUGAUGAAGGGGCCGAAGAAUCAGACACUCCAGAAGAGGAGACAGUGCACAAACCAACCGAAGACUUGGAAGUGGCCAGCGAUGAAAGUGAUUAUGAGGCGGAAGAAGGCAAACAAGAUGACAAAGUGAUUACACUAAAGCUUAUAAAAAAAUGGCAAACAGACAUCCAAACCGAGAAGAGCAAUAAAACCAUUAUCGAAGUUACACAAGCCUUCCAUGCGGCCCUAAAAAGAAUAUCCAGUGACGAAGAACAAGAUGACGAACCAGUAAGAUUUAAAGUGGACGGUUCGGCAGUGUUUAAUGGGGUAGUUCAGCUGUGCGUGAUGCAUUUGGGGCCCGCGAUCAGACGCUUUUUAGGCAUUAAACCUGGAUCGAAACAGCCCCCACAUAAAUGCAAGAAAUUCAACAAGAUCAAGAGACCUUUAAAGGGCUACUUCAUGGACUUAUUAAAGCUCUUAGUCGGCGUGACUUCUACGAACAUUCAAGCGGUUUUACUGAAACACCUCCACUAUAUGGCCCCCAUGCUUAACUCAUAUACAAACAUAACAAAAUCAAUCCUAACGAAACUCAUCAGGAUUUGGGGCACCUCUGACGAUUCGGCGAGAGUCUUGGCUUUCUUCUGCAUACUGAGGAUCGUGAACAACCAAAUGGCCGGCACCUUGGACACGUGCCUCAAAUCCAUGUACAUGACUUAUGUGAAAAACUCAAAGUUCGUCAGCACCAGUUCGCUGGCCUCGAUCAACUUCAUGAAGCGAUCUUUGGUGGAAAUGUUCGCUUUGGACCUAAACGUGGCUUACUCGCACGUGUUUUUAUAUAUAAGGCAACUGGCCAUACACCUCAGGAAUGCCAUAACAGUUAAUAAAAAGGAGAAUGUACAGGCCGUCUAUAAUUGGCAGUUUGUGAACUCGUUGAGGCUCUGGGGUGCCCUGCUCGGCAUGACUUAUUCCAGGGGGCAAAUGCAACAGUUGGUGUAUCCGUUCGUGCAAGUUUGUUUGGGCACUAUUAAGUUGGUACCUACCGCCCAGUAUUAUCCGUUGAGGUUUCAUAUUGUGCAGGUUUUGAUUGAUUUUACUAAGGAGUCUGACGUUUUUAUACCGGUGUUGCCGUUUUUACUUGAGGUUUUGACCUCAUUCGACUUUAACAAAAAGCACCAAAAAGUCUCGAUGAAGCCUCUUCGGUUCACUUGCCUACUAAGACUGUCGAAGUCACAGCUGCAAGAGAACGGCUUCAAAGACACCCUGAUCGACACCAUUUACUCCCAACUGCUCGAGUACCUGGCGCACAUGUCGCACACGAUAAGUUUCCCCGAUCUGAGCCUGGUGUGCAUCAUACAAAUCAAGCGGUUCCUGAAAAAGUGCAAACUGUCCAACCACACGAGGAAACUGAAACAGGCUUUAGAAAAAAUCGAACAGAACGCCCUCUACAUCGAAACGGAACGUUCAAAGCUCACCCUUAACCUGACCGAUUUCAAACAGAUCGAAGGGUGGGAAUCCCAGGUGAAGGUCAAGGGGACACCGCUGAUGACCUUCUACGAAACCUGGAGCAAAGUGAGGAACAUGAAGAAGAACAAGGAGGCGACCAAUAAUGAUCUGCUCGGGGACUACAAGUUGCCCUCGUUGAAAAAACUGGAUAAGAAGCAGAAACAGCAGGAGGGACCCGUGGAACUGUUUCCGAGUGACUCAGAGGACGAGGAGAUUGAAGGACUGAAGAAGAGAAGGGGCAAAAGAGGAGGGAAGAACGCAAGAAAACUCCAGAAUUCUACAGAAGAAAGUGAGCAAAUGGACGUGGACGGUGAGGAGGAUAUCGUCCAAGACAUUUCAGCAGACGAUUGGUGAUUUUAUAAUAAUAAAAACAAAAAAAAGC